AUUCUACCCCUCUCCACUUCAUUGUUUGGAAUGCCUAAUUCACCAGCAAUGGGUUCAAGAAGUUGUCAAAUUUCACCAGAUUCUGCGAAUUGAAAAGUUGCCAGAUUUCACCAGAUUUUAUAUGCAUUUUUUAUUAUUUUUUUUUAAUAAUAAUUUUCAUGAAAUUCUUAUUUAAAAAAAAAUAACGCAAUGCAAACAUCAAAUGUAUAAUUUUAAUAGGCGAGUUCGGAUAGUCAGGGGCUGGAGCGGGACAAAUUUUAGGGUGCUUUCAAAUGACAUUUAAGCGUGUUAAACUGUCACUAAUCGGACUAAGCCGAACGCUAAAAGGGUCGUUUGGAGUUAAAAGUGUUAAAGGAGUUAAAGGAACUUGGCAGACGAACGCAAUGCAAAUAGCCAUAAUAACAACAUUUCUUUUAAAUUUCAUAGAAGUCCAAUAUCCAACAUUUUUAUUGUAUAUAGAAUAUAGAAGAAUGAAUAUUUUUUCUGUUUGAGGAUUUUUAUUUUAUUUAAAACUUCAAAAUGAGCCUAGAAUUUAAAAUUAUCUCCUUAAAUUGCUGGGGUAUCCAAUUCGUUUCCAAAGAUAGGAAAAAUAGGAUAAAAGCUAUUGCUGAAUAUUUGGCUAAUAGUACUUAUGAUGUUGUUUGUUUACAAGAAAUAUGGACUGACCACGAUUUUUAUUUGAUCAAGGAUGAAGUAUCUUUGGUUCUCCCUUACUCACAUUAUUUCUACAGUGGUGUAACUGGUUCUGGAGUAUGUAUAUAUUCAAAACAUUUAAUUGAGGAAGCUUUUUUUCAUCAAUGGCCACUAAAUGGUUAUAUUCACAAAAUACACCAUGGUGAUUGGUUUGGUGGGAAAGGUGUUGGAUUGUGUAAAUUAACAGUUAACAAUUUUAGUGUAAAUGUAUAUACUGCCCAUUUACAUGCAGAAUAUAAUCGAAACAAUGAUGAAUAUGAAGCUCAUCGUAUUUUACAAGCAUAUGACACUGCUCAGUUUAUCUUGCUCACUUCUCAAGGUGUUGAUUUAGUAGUACUAGCUGGUGAUUUGAACACUCUACCUGGUGAUCUUGCCUAUAAAGUUAUAAAAGCAGUACCAGGUCUUAUAGAUGCUUUUGAUGGCUGUGAAGUACCGAGAGAUGAGAUAGCUACCUGUGAAAAUGUAAAAAAUAGCUAUACACCCACGAGUUUGGUGAAGAAAAAGAUUCCCGGUCAAAGAAUAGACUACAUCAUGUAUCAUCCAGGCUCAAAAUUACAAGUUACAUUAAAAAGUUAUAGAUUACCUUUACCUGAUCGUGUUCCUUAUUGCUCUUACAGUUACUCUGAUCACGAAGCCAUCGAAGCAACUUUAGAAAUCAGCAAAAACGUAGCUAAAAACAUCAAAACAGAUAAUGACUUAGAAACUGUACUGCAUGAUUGUAUGUCAGUUUUGAACAAAUCUCUUGAAAUAUUAGUGACUCAUAAACGUGUUUAUAUUGGUCUUUUCCUAUUAUUAAUGUGUGUUUUGUUAUUUUCUUUUGCUUAUGACGCGCCUGUAGGUUUUUCUAUUGUUUACAAUUUUGGAAGAGUAGUAGUUGCAAUAUUUGCAGUGUUUUUUCUAUUGAUGGCAAUUCUUUGGAAUAAAAUUGAGAAACAUGCAAUUCUUGCUGGCAAGUUAUCAAUAGAAAAAUCGCUCAAGAAACUUUCAGAGUUAUGACAGUUCUUAUAAAUCAUUUAAAAUUGAUAAUCUAUUUCAAACAUGCAAAAUUGAACUGCCCAAGUUACAUGGGAACUUUCUUUUGUUAAAUAAUUGUAGAAUAAGCCGACACAUUAAAAAAAUAUGAAGUUGAAAAUUAAAAUAGUAGUUUGAGUAUUCUUAAUAUCAAAUUAGUAUUUUUAGAGAAAUUACCAAAUUUAUAUACUUAAUUGUUAAAAAUUAAUUCAAAGCCUGAAGAGUGUGACGAUUAAAAACAAAAUUUUGACAUGGUUAAUUUUUAAUGAAUUUUAGUUUUAAUUCUGCCAAAUAUUUAAUGCCAUUAAAGAUAAAAGAAAUAUUGAACAUCAUGAUCUCAACAGAGGUGUAUUUUUUAUUCAAGAAUUGACUAACUAUGAAGUUUAAUUAGUGCUAGUAUGUUUUGCCAUUUUCAUCCUCAGGUACACAAAUGUAUUGGUUGGAUUUUACUUUCUCAACUUUUUUAUGAAUUAUUUUAUAAAAGAAAAUUAUCUGUAUACUAUUUUCUCAGAAGGAAAAGGAAGACCAAAAAUAUCAAUAAUAAUUAAGCAUUUAGAAAUUAUUCUGGGUGAAAAGUAGUAUUUAAUUCCAAUUUAUAAAGCUAAUUAUUUUGAAAAUAGUACGAUUACAAUUGCUCCAAAUUUACAAAUAUUUUAACCUAUUAGUCAUGUAGCCCAGUCAGUAUUAAUGAUGGACCAAAAUAGUUUCCAUAGUGGUCCAUUUUCUAUAAAAAAUUAAGAACCUUGUGGUUAGAGAUGUUCUUAAUGUGCCAUCUCUACGAUUAGAUGUAUGUGACCUCUCUGCAACUAUUCCAGAUGUAUAUGAUUGAGUGAAUCAUGUUCUUUCCAGAACAAAAUCUGCUGUUUCGUCUUCCUUGUUGGAUUCAAUAAACUAGAUCAUUAAUUUUCUUCGACACCAUAUAGGGCCCCUGCAACUACAUAUUUUCUCUGGGGAAUAUACAACAUCUCUUCACACGAAAUCAUUAAUUUAGUAACAAUGCAAUAUUCUUUUUAAGUUCAUUUUUGAUUUAGUUAUUUGUUAUGUAGUGCAUUGAACUUAUAUUAAAAUUAGCUUUCAAAUUAAGUGACACACUUGAUAAAAAAUGACAGUUUUUAUGUCGCUAGAGGGCGCUAAUAAUAAAAAGUAACGCAAUGAACAUCCAUAUUACUAAAUUCCUUUUUCAAUGAAGUUCCAUACGACCAUCUUACUAUUAAAAACAUUUAGGGUAUGGUCGCCAUCACAAAAGCCUUCAAUAAAAUAAACAUUGACGUGCUUCGGGUUUUUUUAUAAUGCCCAAUACUUGAACUGCUGAAUUUAUUUCACACUG